AUGUCAUCUGGGUCUCGAGGACCCUCGUCUGGCAGAUACAAUGAUAGAAGUGAUUAUCCCGACUAUAACAAAUCACGACGGAAGAAUUUCUACUCCCCCAGCACUUCAAGAAGAGAUUAUAAGAGCGGGAGUGGACCCCUGGGUGGUAAAGAAACGGUACCACCAGCAAGUGCCAAUAGAUCUUACAAGAGCAAUGUGGGACAAGGCCUCACCUCGUCUGGGAACAGUGUAAGUGGGCCAAAUGUAAGAGACAGUCGUCUGUACAUAAGUGACCAGUACUCUGGUCCUCUGAAGGGUUCUUCUUAUGGCUCAUAUUAUCCUAGUUACGGAAGCUAUAACACAUUUUCAUCAAAUGGAACGUCCAAGGCCGGUGAAACCGGUAACUACUACAAUUCAAGGGGCGAUACUUGGAGAUCGGAUAGAAUAAAAGGGAAUAGCGGAGACUCCAGACUAUCAUCAUCAAACAAGCAACUGUACUCAUCCAGAAGUAGUCUCAGUUCAAGUGGUGCCCCUCCAACAUCCUCAUCCAACGAUUAUAGAAAAGAUAGAUAUGACUCCUACUCACAACAAGAUAUACCACCAACUAGCGGAAGUUCCAAGUGGAAAUCCUCAUCUCUCUCGUCAUCAGCUUACAAUGCAAAUAAAAUCCCAGUUUCAGGCAAUAGAGGAACUUUGUCUGGUUCAGCAUCAAGAUUUUCAAAGGACCGAGUACGAGGAUCGUCCUAUUCCACAGGGGGGUCAUCUGCCCUUGUCAAUAGUGCAGUUGGUACUAAGCGUAAUGCAGGUGAUACAUAUUACCCCUCAUCCAGAGAUUCUUUCUCGUCUGGAUAUAAUUCUUCCAAGCUGGUAGAUCGAUACUCUUCUAACAAUUAUCACCUGGAUGCAUCUAAUCAUUCGAAAUCAAGGAAUCACAGUGUUGAGCCAGAAGAACUAUUGGAAACUAGGGUAAAACAAGAAGCUGACCACUAUUCCCCUAAUGCAAGCAACGAUGAAGAUGAGACAAAUCGAAUGACAGAGGACGAGGACGAUUCAAGGAUACUUGAUAACGAUCAUGAGGGGGUAGAUUACUCAAAAGUCAACACGAAGGAAGAAAUUGAUACCAAAGGUGAUGCAGAUGAUCAGGAUGAAGAUGAAGAAGACGAGGAAGAUGAAGAUGAAGAUGAAGAGCAAAAGGCAGAAGUUAUCGUCGAUACCAAAUCUGCUCUUGAGAGCAUUGAUGCAAACCCACAACAGAAACCUAAAUCUUUUACCAAGGUGGAUGUAUCGAAUGAAGUAUGUUAUCCAGAUGGGUGCACUUAUCCAUUGACUGAAUUAGAAACAGAGUUGGAAAAUUUGAAAACUGAGUAUUCCAAAAAUUUUACACAUCCGAACGGUUUGAAUUAUUUAAAAUACUCCCUAGCAAAACCAGUUAAUGACUUUCAUCAAUAUUAUUUCUUUGCGAGAAACUAUAAGCAUUUCGUCAAUAACAAGGAUACCUUGAUCAAUAAGUUGAAAACACAAAAUGAGGCGAUUCAUAGAAAAAGAAUUGCGUUAUGGCGUGAAUACUCAAGAGGAUUAAAGAUUUGGGAAGAAGAAAGUAUCCAAAUGGAUCAACAAUUACGUUUGCUUCACCCUCCUGAUGAUGAAAUGAGAAAGGAAAUCGAUGCAAGUGAUACCAGGAAGCAAAAUCCGCUCUAUGGUGCUGAAGCAGGACCUCCGGAUCGCUUUCAAGGAUCAAAUUCUGGUAAUCGCCGGAAUAGAAGACAUGGAGAUUUAGUCACAACUGAAGCUGAGUUCCAAGAAAUCCUUCAAUCAUUGGGGAAAGAGAAUGAUGAGGAGCCUUUGAUCAAAGCCGAAAGAGUUGCUGCGCAAAUCCCUGACUUAAUUCUCGACCCAAUAGAGAGAGAACAAUUUAAAUUCAUGGAUGCCAACAACUUAGUGAAUGACAAGAAGCAAUGGGCGAACCGUGUGAAAACAGACUUUGUGGACAAUUUUUCAAAGAAGGAGCAUGAAUUAUUCUGUGAGGGAUUCUGCCAUUAUCCUAAAAGAUUUGGUGCCAUUUCAAGACAUAUGGGUGGUUUAAGAACUGCACAAGACUGUGUGAUACAUUACUAUGUCACCAAAAAAGAAGUCAAUUACAAGCAAUUGCUUGCGCAGCACAAGAAGAAGUUGUCCAAAAAGGCAGGCCGUCGAAGUAAAACUUCGAAAUCGAGAAAUGUUUCUCAAACUCAAACACCCUUGGUAACCCCAAAUGAAGAACAAACAGCUACGCUUGCGCUUGAGAAAAAGUCAGAGGAUUCAUUGCUUGAGAAGCUUGCCCCGGAGAACUCAGUACCAGAAAGUUCAUUGUCGGAAAUUGCAGUGCCAGAGAAUUCGAUGCCGGAGAGUUCGGUCAAUCCUUCCAGCGAUGAGUUAGCCAUUAAUGGGGCCCACAAACGUAGUGCAGAAAGCAAUAUUGAUGAACCCCUCAAAAGUUCUGAGAUUGACUUAGAACCAGCAAAAAAAAAAUCAAAGAAAGCACACGAAGGUGAAACAUCUACCAAAGUUACCCCAACAAUAGCUGUUCCCAUGAAUAAUGAUGAGCUUGAAUCUACAAAACCGAUUGAGGCGACACAAAUCGAGAAGGAAGUUGUGCCUAACGGAUUGGUGGUCUCUGAUACGGCCAUACCUAUAAAGGUCAAUGGUGCAUCACCGGUGCAUGAAGAUUCAAAGGAGCGUCGAAAAACAAUUUCUAGCUAUUGGAGCAUCACCGAAGCCAAUUUGUUUCCCGAAUUACUUCAAGAGCACGGAACAAAAUGGACAACUAUUGCUGAUAAAUUGACCACAAAGACAGCGACUAUGGUACGAAACUAUUUUCAAAGAAAUGCUGAAAAAAAUGGUUGGAAUGAAAUAGCACAAGCUGCCGACCAAAGAUUGGAAGCAAAAUUUGCUGCCGUCCUAAGUACUAAGCUAGAACAAAAGGCGGAUACAACAGAAGCACACAAAGAACCAUCCAAAGAUACCAGUGCUUCUGAGGCUGCUAUCACCACGGUGACUACAUCGCAAUCACCGGCUCCUCAGUCUGCUUAUAUUCCAUACGGCACCUUUCAUCAUGGGGCUGCUGCCACCAUAUCUACCCCAAAUCCACCUCGAAUGGGAAUCAAUUCUUUGUUGGCGGACCUGCCGGCAACUCAACCUCCCCGGUCAAUUCCCCAGGCGAAACCAGUGGUUUCAGAACCAACUUCGCAGUCGCAACCCUCGCCUCCAACCAGCCAUACAUACUCCACAGUGCCAAUAAUUCCAAAGGAAGCACCAAUACCUACCGCUAUUGUUCCCCCUCAAAGGUCGUCCAUCAUGAGUCUUUUAAACUCCGAUUCCAGUCCAGUCAAACAGGAACCUCUAUCCGUUUCUACUAUUGCUCCUGCUAGGCAGAAUCUUAAUGAUCUCCUCAAUAACCUGUCGGAGCCAGCUCCCUCAAACGGCUACAAGUCCAACGUUUCCAGCCUUCUUUCUGUCGACAAGCCCCAUGGGGCCAAUGAUCAAACGAAUUGA